GGAUCAGCUUCUUUCCCAUCUCCAUGAACGCGGGAAGCAUCUGAUCUGGCAGGACCUGACAGAGACUUCCCAUCAUCCUUCGCGACUCCCUACUUCGCUCUUUCUCUCGGCGCUUCCUAGCUGUGAGGAAGCCGCCAUUCCACAGCCGACACUAUGCCUGCGCUCAGACCUCUCAUCAAGCCUAAGAUUGUCAAGAAGAGGACUAAGAAGUUCAUCCGUCAUCAGUCUGAUCGCUAUGUCAAAAUCAAGCGUAACUGGCGCAAACCAAGAGGUAUUGACAACAGAGUUCGCAGAAGGUUCAAGGGCCAGAUCUUGAUGCCAAACAUUGGGUAUGGUAGCAAUAAGAAGACAAAGCACAUGUUGCCUUCAGGGUUCAGAAAAUUUCUGGUUCAUAAUGUCAAAGAGCUGGAGGUGCUGAUGAUGAGUAACAAAUCCUAUUGUGCAGAGAUUGCACACAAUGUUUCCUCCAAGAAUCGGAAGGUAAUUGUGGAGAGAGCAGCUCAACUUGCUAUCAAGGUUACCAAUCCAAAUGCCAGACUGCGCAGUGAGGAAAAUGAAUAAAUGGUUGCUCUUGUACAACUGUCUUUAAUAAAAGUAUUUAAAAAGUG